GUAGUUUGAGUUAAUUAGUUAUUUUUUAUUUGAAACUCAAUGUGGCGUUGUUUGUGGAAGGGAAUUUAUUGAAAUGAAUUAAGUACAUAAAAAUUUAUUUACGAAAAAUUAAGUAACAUACUUAGGUAUACUUAAGUCUCAGUCAUGGCAGAAACUGAGGGAGGUUCCGAGCAAGAUGAUGUUUCAUUUCUUCGGACGGAAGACAUGGUAUGUCUUUCGUGUACUGCCACAGGAGAGAGAGUAUGUCUUGCGGCCGAAGGAUUUGGUAAUCGUCAUUGUUUCUUAGAAAACAUUGCCGAUAAAAACAUUCCGCCUGACUUAUCCCAAUGUGUUUUUGUAAUUGAACAAGCUCUUUCAGUAAGAGCUUUACAAGAAUUGGUGACAGCCGCAGGCUCCGAAACAGGAAAAGGUACCGGAUCCGGACACAGAACUUUACUGUACGGUAAUGCAAUUUUACUUCGCCAUCUCAACAGUGACAUGUAUUUAGCUUGCUUGUCUACAAGUUCAAGUAACGAUAAACUUGCAUUCGAUGUGGGUUUACAAGAACACAGUCAAGGUGAAGCUUGCUGGUGGACUGUUCAUCCAGCUAGUAAACAAAGAUCUGAAGGUGAAAAAGUUCGUGUUGGUGACGAUUUAAUUUUGGUGUCUGUUGCUACUGAAAGAUAUUUGCAUACGACAAAAGAAAAUGAGGUAUCUGUUGUGAAUGCAAGUUUUCACGUAACACAUUGGAGUGUUCAGCCAUAUGGUACAGGUAUUAGCCGUAUGAAGUAUGUUGGUUACGUAUUUGGUGGAGAUGUUUUACGGUUUUUCCAUGGCGGUGAUGAAUGUUUAACCAUACCGUCAACUUGGAGUCCACAAACCAAUCAAAAUAUUGUUGUUUAUGAAGGUGGUGUUGUUAUGGCACAAGCCCGUUCAUUAUGGCGCUUAGAAUUAGCGCGUACCAAAUGGGCCGGUGGUUUUAUUAAUUGGUAUCAUCCGAUGCGUAUACGACACAUAACCACUGGCCGUUAUUUGGGUGUGAAUGAGAAUAAUGAAUUGUAUUUGGUUGGGCGAGAAGAAGCCACAACUGCUUCAUCCACGUUUUGCUUACGACAGGAAAAGGAUGAUCAAAAAGUUGUACUUGAAGAUAAGGAUCUGGAAGUGAUUGGAUCUCCAAUUAUUAAAUAUGGUGAUUCCACUGUUAUUAUGCAACAUUCUGAAACUGGUCUUUGGUUAUCUUAUAAGUCAUAUGAAACAAAGAAAAAAGGUGUUGGCAAAGUUGAAGAAAAGCAGGCCAUUCUACACGAAGAAGGAAAAAUGGACGACGGUUUAGACUUUAGUAGAUCACAAGAAGAGGAAUCACGUACUGCUCGAGUAAUUCGUAAAUGUUCAUCGUUAUUCACAGCAUUUAUUUGCGGUUUAGAAACAUUACGGGAAACUCGUAGGCACUCCUUAUUUUGUUCAUCCGUAAAUCUAAAUGAAAUGGUUAUGUGUUUAGAAGAUUUAAUCAAUUAUUUUGCUCAACCGGAAGUGGAUAUGGAGCAUGAGGAAAAACAAAACCGUCUUCGAGCUUUACGUAAUCGUCAAGAUUUGUUCCAAGAAGAAGGAAUACUUAAUUUAAUAUUAGAAGCAAUUGAUAAAAUUAAUGUAAUAACAUCACAAGGCUUCUUAGUAGCGCUUGCAGGCGAUGAAAGUGGUCAGAAUUGGGAAGCUAUUUCUGGCUAUUUGUAUCAACUAUUAGCCGCUAUAAUUAAGGGUAAUCAUACAAAUUGUGCGCAAUUCGCUAAUGCAAAUCGUUUAAAUUGGUUAUUCUCGCGUUUGGGAUCGCAAGCUUCCAGCGAGGGUACUGGUAUGUUGGAUGUAUUACACUGUGUACUUAUCGAUUCACCAGAAGCUUUAAAUAUGAUGAGAGACGAACAUAUCAAAGUUAUUAUUUCAUUAUUGGAAAAACAUGGUAGAGAUCCAAAAGUUUUGGAUGUAUUAUGCUCACUAUGCGUGGGUAAUGGUGUAGCUGUUAGAAGUUCACAGAACAAUAUUUGUGACUUUUUAUUGCCUGGUAAAAAUUUAUUAUUACAAACACAAUUGGUGGAUCAUGUGGCCAGUGUUCGUCCUAAUAUAUUUGUGGGCCGCGUUGAGGGUAGUGCGGUCUACCAAAAAUGGUAUUUCGAGGUUACUGUCGAUCAUGUUGAACAAACAACACAUUCUCCACCACAUUUAAGAAUUGGUUGGGCAAAUACUACCGGGUAUAUUCCUUACCCUGGAGGGGGUGAAAAAUGGGGUGGCAAUGGUGUUGGAGAUGAUUUGUACUCGUUUGGUUUUGAUGGUGGUCAUUUAUGGAGUGGUGGUCGAAGUAUUCCUGUUGUUUCAAAUCCUAGCCAACCGUUAAUUAGAAAAGGGGAUGUUAUUGGAUGUGGCUUGGAUUUAAAUGUUCCAAUAAUAACAUUUACAUUUAACGGAGCUCGAAUUCUCGGUAGUUUUCGUAAUUUUAAUUUGGAUGGAAUGUUCUUUCCAAUUAUAAGUUGUUCGUCAAAACUCAGUUGUCGUUUUCUACUUGGUGGUGAUCACGGUAAACUUAAAUUUGCCCCUCCGAUGGAAUAUUCUCCACUAGUUGAAAGUUUAUUACCGCAACAAAUAUUAACGAUUGAUCCAUGCUUUUAUUUUGGAAAUUUGAAUAAAGUAGUUUUGGCAGGACCAUGGGCAAUCGAAGAUGAUACAGCUUUUGUACCAAAUCCAGUCAAUACAACCACGGUGACACUUCCAAGCUAUGUAGAAUCAAUUCGUGACAAAUUAGCAGAAAAUAUUCAUGAAAUGUGGGCAAUGAAUAAAAUUGAAGCAGGCUGGAUGUGGGGUGACCAUCGUGACGAUAUUCGACGUACACAUCCAUGUUUGGUACCAUUUGAUCGAUUGCCACAAGCCGAACAACAUUACGAUGCGCAGUUGGCCAUACAAACGUUAAAAACAAUGAUUGCACUUGGAUACUUUAUUUCAAUGGAUAAACCACCGUCUCGAAUAAAGCAAGUACGCUUACCAAAUGAUCCAUUUAUGCAACCCAAUGGCUACAAACCUGCCCCCUUAGAUUUGAGCGCUGUCACUCUAAACGCAAAAAUGGAAGAACUUGUCGAUCAAUUAGCUGAAAAUACACAUAAUUUAUGGGCGAAAGAACGUAUUCAACAAGGUUGGACGUACGGUCUAAAUGAGGAUCCCGAUUUAAAGCGAAGUCCACAUUUAGUACCAUACAGUAAAGUUGAUGAAGCGAUUAAAAAGGCCAAUCGUGAUACAGCCUCCGAAACAGUACGAACAUUAUUGGUUUAUGGAUAUAAUUUAGAUCCACCGACUGGUGAAGCUCACGAAGCGUUACUUGCGGAAGCGUUACGCUUGCGUCAACAAGGAUUUAGAACUUACCGGGCUGAGAAAACGUAUGCAGUUAGUUCUGGUAAAUGGUAUUUUGAAAUGGAAGUUUUAACAGCUGGUCCAAUGCGUGUUGGCUGGGCGAAAGCAGAUUGUGCGCCAGGACGUAUGUUAGGUCAAGAUGAAAGCUCUUGGGCAUUUGAUGGAUAUAAUGAAGAAAAAGUAUAUUGUGGAAAUGCAGAUUCAUUUGGUAAACAAUGGCAAGUUGGUGAUAUUGUAGGAGUAUUUUUAGAUCUCAUUGACCAUACCAUCAGUUUUUCAUUAAAUGGUGAAUUAUUAAUGGACACACUUGGUGGCGAGACCACAUUUAGUGAGGUACAAGGUGAUAAUUUUGUUCCGGCAUUAACGUUGGGUGUUGGACAAAAAGCAAAAUUAUGUUUUGGACAAGAUGUAAACCACUUAAAAUUUUUCACAACUUGUGGGCUACAAGAGGGCUAUGAACCAUUCUGUGUAAACAUGAAACGAGCCGUUACUUAUUGGUACACAAAAGAUCAACCAAUUUUCGAAAAUACGGAUGAUAUGCCUGAUACUAAAAUUGAUGUUACAAGAAUUUUAGCCGGUUCCGAUACGCCGCCAUGUUUAAAGAUAUCCCAUAAUACAUUUGAAACAAUGGAAAAAGCAAAUUGGGAAUUUCUACGAUUGAGUUUGCCCGUCAUUUGUUUACCAGAAUUUAUUGAUGAAAAUGAAAAAGCACGUCGUUGGCAAGAAAUCAAAAUACGUCAGCACCGUUUAAGGAACGAUGCUGAUCAACAAACUCCCGCACACAUUGAGCAGAUAAUGCGAAGUGGAUUUUCGAUGACCGACAUCAAAGGUUUACAAAGAAAUUAUGAAGAUGGAACAGAGCAAGAAGAACUUAUGAAAGAACGAGAAACUAAAUCUAAAUUAAAACCAACGAGACCCGCACGAAAAGGUUCACUUGUACGAAAUAUCCAACAACCAGCGUACGAUAUUGAUACAGGAAUAGGACCCGAUGGAAAAAUUCAUCGUUCAACAAGUGACGUCGAUAUGACUCAAUAUAACGAAGCGGAAAAAGUUGAUGAUAAGAAAAAACGUGGUCGUUCACCUUUCAGAUUUUUUUCACGAAAAACACGUGAUGCUCAAGUUGAGGAAAAAGUUAAACCAAGUGUUAGAAGUUCUGAGCCACCACCCAGAAUUAAUAUACAAGAUCCAAGUGGUAAAAUGUCAGCCAGAAAUGCUCAACCAUCUUUGUCACGAAAUGCUACAAUGCGAUCGUCACAGGGUAAUUUAAAUUUACCACCUGGAGCAACGCAACAAAAACAAAUGUCUGUACCAGGACCCGCAGCCGUUGAAUCAAUUGGAAAUGAAAUCUAUGAUGUAGAAUGUUUGAAACUGAUUAACGAAUAUUUCUACGGCGUUCGAGUAUUUCCUGGACAAGAUCCAACACACUUGUAUAUCGGUUGGGUGACCACUCAAUAUCAUUUACAUACCAAAGAUUUCAAUCAGAAGUGUGUACGUCAAGCUUCAGUCGUUAUUGUGGAUGAAUACGAUCGAAUUGUGGAUGGUAUCGAUCGUCAAUCAUGUUACAUGGUGCGAGCCGAUGAACUCUACAAUGAAGUGAGCCAAGAUUCGUCUGGUAAAGGUGCCAGUCAAGGAAUGUUUGUUGGAUGUUUUGUGGACACAGCAACUGGUUAUUUAACUUUCACAUGUGAAGGCAAAGAAACUUCCCACAAAUAUAAAAUGGAACCUGGUACAAAAAUAUUCCCUGCAAUUUUUGUUGAAGCAACAUCCAAAGAAAUCUUACAAAUUGAAUUGGGUCGUACACCCACAACUUUACCACUUUCGGCAGCUGUGUUACAAAACAGCGAUCGGCAUGUUGUACCACAAUUUCCACCACGGUUGAAAGUGCAAUGUUUAAAACCACAUCAAUGGGCCCGUGUACCCAAUCAAAGUUUACAAGUACAUGCGUUGAAGUUAUCCGAUAUACGAGGUUGGUCUAUGCUUUGCGAAGAUCCAAUCUCCAUGUUGGCGUUACAUAUUCCAGAAGAGGAUCGAUGUAUUGAUGUUUUGGAGCUAAUUGAAAUGGAUCGUUUGUUAAGUUUCCAUGCACAUACGUUAACUCUUUACGCUGCGUUAUGCUUCCAAUCCAAUUAUAGGGCAGCCCAUGUUUUAUGCCAACAUGUAGACCAAAAGCAACUACUUUAUGCAAUUCGUUCGGAGUAUAUGUCCGGACCAUUACGUCAAGGAUUUUAUGAUUUGCUGAUAGCUUUACAUCUCGAAUCGCAUGCCACGACUAUGGAAGUUUGUAAGAACGAAUAUGUAAUUCCAUUGGGACCAGAAUUAAAAGAACUUUAUGAAGAUCCAGAAAUGGGUCAUAGUUUACGUAGCUUAAAAUCAGAAUCAGUUCGACCUCAAAUGAAAAUGACCGAUAUUGCCGAAAAUGUUGAUAAUAUUCGGAAUUUAUACUCGCCAUAUUUUCCAUUGGAUGUCGUACGAGAUUAUAUAAUGUCUGCUUUGGAGGAAGCGGUCGAAAUUAAUCAAGUACAUAAUCGAGAUCCGAUUGGUGGUUCAAAUGAAAAUCUAUUCUUACCAUUGUUAAAAUUAACAGAUCGACUACUUUUGGUCGGAAUGCUACAAGAUGAAGAAAUUGAAAAACUUUUAAUUAUGAUCAAUCCAGAAACUUGGGAUCCUUCAUUUGAAAAAGAUGGCAAAGAUGAACAUCGCAAAGGUUUGCUACACAUGAAAAUGGCUGAAGGUGCAAAAUUACAAAUGUGUUAUUUGCUCCAUCAUUUAUGCGAUAUCCAAUUAAGGCAUCGUGUCGAAUCGAUUAUUGCUUUCAGUCAUGAUUUUGUUAGUGAUUUGCAAGUGGAUCAAUUACGUCGUUAUAAUGAGAUCAAACAAUCUGAUUUACCGUCUGCCAUUGCUGCGAAAAAAACAAGAGAAUUCCGUUGUCCACCGCGUGAACAAAUGAAUGCCAUCUUAAAUUUUAAGAAUUUACUGGAGGAAGAUAAGGAAAAUACUCCAUGCGGAGAUGAUUUACGUGAACGAUUAAAUGGUUUCCAUGAAAAACUAAUGAAUCAUGUAUCGCUUAGUGCGUUACAAGAGGCUGAAGCUGAAGCUGUAAAAACACAAAAACCUGGAACUAUUAAAAAACUAUACAAUUUUAUAAAUGCUGUAAAAGAAUUAGAAGAAGAGCCUAAAGAACCCGAAGAACCACCAAAAAAGACACCGGAGGAAAUAUUUAGAAAAGUAUUAAUUGCAACAAUUGUCAAAUGGGCUGAAGAGGCAGAAAUUGAAACUUCCAAAUUAGUCCGCGAAAUGUUUAGUUUAUUAGUUCGUCAAUAUGAUACCGUCGGGGAAUUAAUUCGAGCCCUUGAAAAAUGUUACGUUAUAAAUGCAAAGACGAAAAAUGAUGUGGCUGAAAUGUGGAUUGGUUUAAGUCAAAUUCGAUCACUUUUACCAGUACAAAUGUCUCAUGAAGAGGAGAAAUUAGUGCGGGAACGCUUAUGGAAACUUGUAAAUAAUCACACAUUUUUCCAACAUCCCGACUUAAUUCGUAUUUUGCGUAUUCACGAAAAUGUCAUGGCAAUUAUGAUGAAUACGUUAGGGCGUCGCAAUCAAGCACAAUCAGAUAGCACCCAACAAGCUGAAGGCGAAACGACUGUCUCCCAUGAAAAGGAUACGUCCCAUGAAAUGGUUGUGGCAUGUUGUCGUUUCUUAUGUUAUUUCUGUAGAACUGGACGUCAAAAUCAAAAAGCAAUGUUUGAUCAUUUCGAUUUCUUAUUAGAAAAUUCAAAUAUUUUACUUGCUCGUCCAAGUUUACGUGGUUCGACACCUUUGGAUGUUGCAUACUCCAGUUUAAUGGAAAAUACAGAAUUAGCUUUAGCAUUACGAGAACAUUAUUUGGAGAAAAUUGCUAUAUAUUUAUCACGUUGUGGUUUACAAUCAAACUCCGAAUUAAUUGAAAAAGGUUAUCCAGAUUUAGGUUGGGAUCCAGUGGAGGGUGAACGUUAUUUGGACUUUUUACGAUUCUGUGUUUGGGUUAGUGGUGAAAGUGUUGAAGAAAAUGCUAACUUGGUGAUUCGUCUAUUAAUUCGACGUCCUGAAUGUUUGGGCCUUGCGUUACGAGGUGAAGGCGAAGGUUUACUUCAAGCAAUUAAAGAAGCAAAUAAAAUGUCUGAAAGAAUAGCAGAUCGUCGAAAAAUGUUAGAAAAUGGUGGAUCGGUCGAUAAUAGUGUAUUUAGCCAUCCGUUACCAGAAUCUGAGGACGAUGAAGAUUAUAUCGAUACAGGUGCUGCAAUUUUGAACUUUUAUUGUACGCUUGUCGAUUUACUUGGACGUUGUGCCCCAGACAGCGCUGUUAUUGCACUCGGUAAAAAUGAAUCAUUGCGAGCUCGAGCAAUUCUUCGUUCUCUAGUUCCAUUAGAAGAUUUACAGGGUGUUCUCAGUUUACGAUUUACACUUACACAACCAGCACCAGGUGAAGAAAAACCUAAGAGUGAUGUUCCAUCUGGUUUAAUUCCCGGUCAUAAACAGAGUAUUGUUUUAUUUUUGGAAAGAGUUUAUGGUAUCGAAACAAUGGAACUAUUUUAUAGUUUAUUAGAAGAAGCUUUUCUACCAGAUUUACGAUGUGCCACCAUGUUGGAUAAGAAUGAUGGCUCUGAAAGUGACAUGGCAUUAAGCAUGAAUCGAUAUAUUGGAAAUUCCAUCUUACCACUUUUAAUCCAACACAGUAGAUUCUAUUCAGAAGCUGAAAAUUACGCCAGUUUACUGGAUGCAACUUUACAUACGGUUUAUCGAUUAUCAAAGAACCGUAUGUUAACUAAGGGUCAACGUGAAGCGGUUUCAGACUUUUUAGUAGCGUUAACAAGUCAACUACAACCGGCCAUGUUAUUAAAAUUAUUACGAAAACUUACGGUUGAUGUUUCAAAAUUAUCCGAAUAUACAACGGUCGCUUUACGUCUGUUAACACUUCAUUAUGAUCGUUGCGCUAAAUAUUAUGGAUCAAGUGGAUCGGGCGGUCAAGGUUUAUAUGGGGCGUCAUCAGAUGAGGAAAAACGUUUAACUAUGAUGUUGUUCUCAAAUAUAUUUGAUUCAUUAUCCAAAAUGGAUUAUGAUCCUGAAUUGUUUGGAAAAGCUUUGCCAUGUUUAAUCGCUAUUGGAUGUGCGUUACCACCCGAUUAUUCCUUAUCCAAAAAUUACGAUGAUGAAUGGUAUGGAAAAGCUACAACAGCUUCACUUACUGGACCAGAUGGACCAUAUAAUCCACAACCAAUUAAUACCAGUAUGGUUGUAUUGAAUAAUGAUCUAAAUACCAUUGUACAAAAAUUCUCUGAACAUUAUCAUGAUGCUUGGGCGUCCAGAAAAUUAGAGAAUGGAUGGCAAUAUGGUGAACAAUGGAGUGAUCAACACCGGACACAUCCACGAUUGAAGCCAUAUAACAUGUUAAACGAUUAUGAAAAAGAAAGAUAUAAAGAACCAGUUCGAGAAUCAUUGAAAGCUUUACUGGCAAUUGGAUGGUCUGUUGAACAUUCCGAGGGAGAUGUACCUCUUCCAAGAGGUGGAUCCAUUCGUCGCCAGUCUAAAUCAGGAGCUGGUGCAGGUGAUCAAGGUAGUCCAUUCAGCUAUAAUCCACAUCCAGUUGACAUGUCAAAUUUAACUUUAUCACGUGAAAUGCAAAAUAUGGCUGAACGUUUAGCAGAAAAUGCACACGAUAUUUGGGCAAAGAAAAAACGUGAAGAUUUAAGUUCAUCCGGUGGCGCAAUUCAUCCACAAUUAGUGCCAUACGAUUUACUCACCGACAAAGAAAAGCGAAAAGAUCGAGAUCGAUCACAGGAGUUCCUUAAAUAUCUCCAAUAUCAAGGAUACAAAUUACAUAGACCAUCACGAGGUGGAACUGAAACGGAACAAGGUGCGACUGCGCCUCCAAUUGAACUACGAUUUGCGUACAGUUUAUUGGAGAAAUUAAUUCAAUACUUAGAUCGGGCUACAAUUAACAUGAAAUUAUUAAAACCUUCGACAACAUUCAGCCGUCGUACAUCGUUCAAAACUUCAUCGCGUGAUAUUAAAUUUUUCUCAAAAGUGGUGUUACCUUUAAUGGAGAAAUAUUUCUCUACGCAUCGUAAUUAUUUUACCGCCGUUGCUACAGCUACAAAUAAUGUGGGAGCAGCUAGUUUGAAGGAAAAAGAAAUGGUGGCUGCUUUAUUCUGUAAAUUAGCAAGUCUUUUACGAUCACGUUUAGCUGCGUUUGGUGCGGAUGUACGAAUUACUGUACGAUGUUUACAAGUACUCGUCAAAGGCAUCGAUGCUAAAUCGUUAGUGAAGAAUUGUCCAGAAUUUAUUCGAACAUCUAUGCUAACAUUUUUCAACAAUACAGCUGAUGAUUUGGGCCAUACAAUUAUCAAUUUGCAAGAGGGAAAAUACAGUCACUUACGUGGAACACAUUUAAAAACAUCAACUUCACUUGCGUACGUAAACGAUGUGAUUUUACCCGUUUUAACAGCAAUGUUUGAUCAUUUAGCAUCCUGUGAAUAUGGAAGUGAUUUACUACUUGAUGAAAUUCAAGUAGCUUCAUAUAAAAUGCUUCAAUCGUUGUACACAUUGGGCACCGAUCCAACACUAACACAUGAUCGUAAAUAUUUGAAAACCGAAAUUGGUCGUCAUAAGCCAGCGUUAGGUUCAUGUUUGGGAGCAUUCAGUUCGACGUUCCCUGUUGCCUUCUUAGAACCACAUUUAAAUAAACAUAAUCAGUUCUCAUUGUUAAAUCGUAUUGCUGAUCAUUCUUUAGAAGCGCAAGAUGUAAUGGCACAAAUGGAAAAAUCAAUGCCAACAUUAGAUACAAUUCUUCAGGAAGUUGAUCAAUUUGUGGAAAGUGAUCGCACGUACAGCGAUUCUCCACAUAUUAUCGAUGUAAUAUUGCCAUUAUUAUGCUCAUAUUUACCAUUUUGGUGGGGUCAAGGUCCAGAUAAUGUUAGUCCAACUGCUGGCAAUCAUGUGACGAUGGUCACUUCAGAUCAUAUGAAUCAAUUAUUAAAGAAUGUUUUGAAAAUGAUUAAAAAGAAUAUUGGCAACGAUAAUGCUCCUUGGAUGACACGAAUUGCUGCGUACACGCAACAAAUCAUUAUUAACAGUUCGGAGGAAUUACUUAAAGAUCCAUUUUUACCAUUGGCUGAACGUGUGAAAAAACGUACUGAAAAUAUGUUCCAUAAGGAAGAAAGUUUGCGUGGUUUUAUUAAAAGCUCAACUGAUGAUACCUCACAGAUUGAAGCACAAAUUCAAGAAGAUUGGCAACUGUUGGUGCGAGAUAUUUAUUCAUUCUAUCCAUUGCUCAUAAAAUAUGUGGACCUCCAAAGGAACCAUUGGCUACGACAUAAUAUUGCUGAGGCAGAACAUUUAUAUAAUUAUGUUGCGGAAAUAUUUAAUAUUUGGUCAAAAUCACAAUAUUUCUUACGUGAAGAACAAAACUUUAUAUCAGCAAAUGAAAUUGAUAAUAUGACUCUUAUCAUGCCAGCGGCCACAAGACGUAACGCAAUUCCAGAAGGAGGUCAAGCAGCUGGAGGUGGUAAAUCAAAGAAAAAGAAGAAGCAUCGUGAUAAGAAACGUGAUAAAGAUAAGGAAAUAGCAGCAAGUUUAAUGGUGGCUUGCUUGAAACGUCUUUUACCUGUUGGAUUGAAUUUAUUCGCUGGUAGAGAACAAGAAUUAGUGCAACAUUGUAAAGAUCGUUAUUUAAAGAAAUUACCAGAAUAUGAUAUCAUGGAUUUUGCAAAAACACAAUUAACAUUACCUGAUAAAAUUGAUCCAGCGGAUGAAAUGUCUUGGCAACAUUAUUUAUACAGUCAAUUGGGUAGCAAAAAAGAGCAUAACGAUGGUAAAGUACAAAUUGAUGAGACUGUGGAUCGUAUAGUGGCGAUGAGUAAAGUUUUAUAUGGAUUACAUAUGAUUGAUCACCCCCAACAACAACAAAAAGGCGUUUACAGAUCAGUAGUUUCCACUCAACGAAAGCGUGCUGUAUUGUCUUGUUUCCGACAAGCAUCAUUGCACAGUUUACCUCGACAUCGUGCAAUUAAUAUCUUUGCUCGAACAUACCAUGAGUUCUGGCUACAAGAGGAAAAUGUUGGGCAAGAAAUAAUGAUUGAAGAUUUAACACAAAGUUUUGAAAACUCUGAGCUACGUAAACAGAGCGAAGAUUCUGAAGAAAGUAAACCAGAUCCAUUGACACAAUUAGUAACAACUUUCUGUCGUGGAGCUAUGACUGAACGAUCUGGAGCGCUACAGGAAGAUCCAUUAUAUAUGAGUUACGCUGAAAUUGUUGCGAAAUCUUGUGGCGAAGAAGAGGAGGAAGGUGGUGAUGAAGAAGAAGGUGGCGAAGAGGCCGCCGAAGAAAAAUCAUCAAUUCAUGAACAAGAAAUGGAAAAACAAAAAUUAUUAUUCCAUCAAACAAGAUUAGCAAAUCGUGGCGUAGCUGAAAUGGUUCUACUUCAUAUAUCAGCUUGCAAAGGUCAACCAUCCGAUAUGGUGAUGCGUACGUUGCAAUUGGGCAUAUCAGUCUUACGUGGCGGUAAUUUAGACAUACAAAUGGGCAUGUUAAAUCAUUUAAAAGAGAAAAAAGAUGUUGGAUUUUUCACUUCCGUUGCUGGGCUUAUGAAUUCAUGCAGUGUUUUGGAUCUGGAUGCUUUUGAACGAAACACAAAAGCUGAAGGUCUUGGUGUAGGAUCAGAAGGAGCGGCUGGUGAGAAAAAUAUGCACGAUGCUGAAUUUACAUGUGCCUUAUUCCGAUUUAUCCAACUAACAUGUGAAGGUCACAAUUUGGAAUGGCAAAAUUAUUUACGUACUCAAGCCGGAAAUACGACCACUGUCAAUGUUGUUAUUUGUACUGUCGAUUAUCUGCUACGUUUACAGGAAUCAAUUAUGGACUUUUAUUGGCAUUAUUCAAGCAAAGAGUUAAUUGAUCCUGCGGGUAAAGCAAAUUUCUUUAAGGCUAUUGGUGUGGCCAGUCAAGUAUUUAACACACUCACUGAGGUCAUUCAAGGUCCAUGUACUCAAAAUCAACAGGCAUUGGCUCAUUCAAGAUUGUGGGAUGCUGUUGGAGGUUUUCUUUUCUUGUUCUCUCAUAUGCAAGAUAAAUUAUCGAAAAAUUCUAGCCAAGUGGAUUUACUUAAAGAAUUAUUAAAUUUACAAAAGGAUAUGAUUACUAUGAUGUUAUCUAUGCUUGAAGGAAACAUAGUUAAUGGUACAAUUGGUAAACAAAUGGUGGACACAUUAGUGGAAAGUGCUUCAAAUGUUGAAUUAAUUCUCAAAUACUUUGAUAUGUUCUUGAAAUUAAAAGAUUUGACAUCGUCAUCAAACUUCCAAGAAAUUGAUUUGAAUCAAGAUGGUUGGGUUUACCCUAAAGAUUUCAAGGAGAAAAUGGAACAACAAAAAAGUUAUACACCGGAAGAAAUUGAUUUCUUAUUGAUGUGCUGCGAUAAAAAUCAUGAUGGUAAAGUUAAUUACGUUGAAUUUUGCGAUCGGUUCCACGAACCAUCCAAAGAAAUCGGUUUCAAUUUGGCUGUACUUUUAACAAACUUAUCCGAACAUAUGCCGAAUGAACCACGUUUAGCACGGUUCUUGGAAACAGCUGGAUCAGUACUCAAUUAUUUUGAACCAUUCUUGGGCCGUAUCGAAAUUUUGGGUAGUAGUAAAAAAAUUGAACGUGUUUAUUUUGAAAUUAAAGAAUCGAAUAUUGAACAAUGGGAAAAACCACAAAUUAAAGAAUCUAAGCGGGCUUUCUUCUAUUCAAUUGUAACGGAAGGUGGUGACAAGGAAAAACUGGAAGCUUUUGUAAACUUCUGUGAGGAUGCAAUUUUUGAAAUGACACACGCUAGUGGUUUAAUGGCAACAGAAGAUUCUGGCGGUGGCGGAAAAACUGGCGCUGCAAGCUACAGUUACAUGACGGAUGAGGAUGAAGAAAGAGCUGGAAAAGAUCCAUUUAGACGUGGCUAUCAAGCAGUUAAAGAUGGCAUUUCCUUUGGUUUCCAUAUGCUUAGUCCAAGUAAUAUCAAACAAAAAAUGUCUGAAUUACAACAAAUGUCGAUUCCUGAAAUUGUUAUUGGAUUCUUUAAAAUGAUUUUCUUUGCAUUCUACUAUUCUGGAUUUGGUGUCUCAGUUGUUCUUCGAUAUAUUGCUGGAAUUUUACUAUCAUUAAUGCGUGGCCCAGUUGUAGAAGAACCUGUUGUUGAAAUUAAAGAAGAAGAAAAAAUUGGUCCAUUACGUAUAAUGCCACCGCCUGCAGCUCAAUCAGAUUCGAAUAAUAUGCAGCUGCAGGCGGUUAACGAAAAUAAGGAUGAUCCAGGAGGAACGAAACAAGAUCUACAGAAACAAGGGUCUACAGAAACUGAAAAUCGUGGUGAAGGAGAAGUUGCUGCCGAACCUGUGGAAGGAGCUGAAAAUCUAGAAGUACCUCAAGAACAAAUUCCAUCUUUAGCCGAUUUACUUGGCGGUGAAGCAGCAAAACGUGCAGCUCAAGAAACAGUUGAAGCACAACAAGCUCAGCAAGCUGUAAUGGCAGCUAUUGAAAGUGAAUCGAAGACACACGAAACUGUUGAACAUAAAUCUGCCGUCUCCGAAAUUGAUAUUAAUGCGUACACACAUCGUGUUGUUUCUUUCUUAGCUAGAAAUUUCUAUAAUCUUAAAUAUGUUGCCCUUGUCUUAGCUUUCUGUAUUAACUUCAUACUGCUGUUCUAUAAGGUAACGACUCUUGGUGAAGACGAUGAAAAUGGAAGUGGUAGUGGUAGUGGACUUCGUGACUUAGUAUCAGGAUCUGGAUCAGGGGCCGUUGAUGGAUCUGGUUCGGGUGAUGGAAGCGGUGACGGUGAUGGUGACGAUGAAGAUGACGUACAAGAGUUAGUGCAUGUGGACGAGGAUUUCUUCUAUAUGGCACACGUGAUGCGUUUAGCUGCAAUGUUACACAGUCUUGUUUCGUUAGCAAUGUUGAUUGCAUACUAUCACCUUAAAGUACCGUUGGCUAUAUUUAAACGUGAAAAGGAAAUCGCUCGACGAUUAGAAUUCGAUGGUUUAUAUAUUGCCGAACAGCCAGAAGACGAUGACAUCAAAUCACAUUGGGAUAAAUUAGUUAUUUGUGCUAAAUCAUUCCCGGUAAAUUAUUGGGAUAAAUUUAUUAAAAAGAAAGUUCGUACCAAAUACAGCGAAACUUACGAUUUUGAGGCGAUCAGUAAUCUAUUAGGAAUGGAAAAAACAUCAUUUACACAUGAUGACACCGAAGAAAAACGGGGAUUAAUUCAUUUCAUUUUAAGUAUCGAUUGGCGCUAUCAAAUAUGGAAAGUUGGUGUUACAGUUACGGAUAACGCAUUCUUAUAUUCAUUAUGGUAUUUCACAUUCUCAAUUUUGGGUAAUUUUAAUAACUUUUUCUUUGCGGCUCAUUUGCUGGACGUUGCUGUUGGUUUCAAAACUUUGCGAACUAUUUUACAAUCAGUAACACACAAUGGAAAACAAUUAAUUUUAACUGUCAUGUUGUUAACAAUUAUUGUAUAUAUUUAUACGGUAAUUGCUUUUAACUUCUUCCGGAAAUUCUAUAUUCAAGAAGAAGAUGACGAAGUCGAUAAAAAAUGUCAUGAUAUGUUAACUUGUUUCGUUUUCCAUUUGUAUAAAGGAGUACGAGCUGGUGGAGGUAUUGGUGAUGAAAUCGAAUCCCCAGAUGGUGAUGAAUAUGAAGUUUAUCGUAUAAUGUUUGACAUCACUUUCUUCUUCUUCAUUGUCGUCAUCUUGUUAGCUAUCAUUCAAGGUUUGAUCAUUGAUGCUUUUGGUGAGCUUCGUGAUCAAUUAGAAAGUGUCAAAGAGAACAUGGAAUCCAAUUGUUUCAUUUGUGGUACAGGCAAAGAUUACUUUGAUAUAGUACCGCAUGGUUUCGAUACGCAUGUGCAGAAAGAACAUAAUUUAGCUAAUUACAUGUUCUUCCUGAUGCACUUAAUUAAUAAACCGGACACCGAAUAUACGGGUCAAGAAACGUACGUAUGGAAUAUGUAUCAACAAAGAUGUUGGGACUUCUUCCCCGUUGGUGAUUGUUUCCGUAAACAGUAUGAAGACGAAUUAAGUGGUGGAGGUGGUUAAUAUUAAUGAGUUCUGUAUUUAUUUUAUUUAUUAAAAA